UUCAGUAUAUUUUCAGUACAUUUAACUAUAACGCGUGGUGAAGCGCGUCGUCGCGCGACGAUUCUCGCAUUAGCGCCCCCGGAUCACAGUGUGGUCGGCGUCAGACGUGUAUUAGUAGUUUGUGGUCUGACGCAUCACUGCGCGCAAGUAAAACCGUUCAACUUUAACCAAGCGCCGACGCGCGUCGUCGUGUGUCGACACGCGAUUCCAUAUUUGCACAACACAAAUUUGUACCUUAAUAACGGGAAAAUUGAGAUGAAUAUGCUAUAGGCGAAAAACGUGACGCGUCGCGACGCUUCGACUCUGUGCCAAUGUGAGUUGAACCUUAAAUAUAUCGCACUAAAUGCAGGACGACACUUUGUGCAGGACGGGGGUGGGAUUUGCCGUGGAGGACGCUUGUACAGGGUCAAGAGCACGUCAAGCUUUACACUUAAGACUUACAUCCUACUCUGUGCCGCUUAUGAUGAGAACCAUAUAAGAACGGUUCAAAGUGUAAAGUAUCAAGCUUGAUGUGCUCUUGACUGUACUUCUUUUGAACUUACUACCAAAUAGACAUCUAAAAACUGUCAGAUAGUAUAACAAAAACGUAAAAGUUUAUUUUUGGUAAAUUUAUUGUUUUAUAAGAAGUUACGAAACAAAAGUUGCUGUUUAUGAUAUUAGUAAUAUAGCCCUACGAAGUUGUUAGCAUUUUAAAAACAACCCUGUUUAACUACAAGUGUAAGUGUAACAAACGAUAUCAGUUUAAUAAUUAAAAAAUAGAACAUAGAACAGCAUAAUCUUACUUUGCGCAUUUUAUCUUAUCUGAUUACCGUACACAGUCCCUCCCAAACAGGCGUAGGUGUGUCAGUGGCAUAGUUUCUGUUUUGUUUUACGGCAAUAAUUAGAAUAAAACAAUAGUUGUUAAAUUAUGAGGAAGUUUUAUUUGCUGUGUGCGAUCUUCUGUAUUGCAGAAGGCUCCAUCCCAACUAGUAUUCCAAAUCACUUGUUAGAAUGUUACUGGCGCGGUGGUCCUCCAUUGGGAGCUCCACGACGGCUCGAUGUACUGCUUUCACUAAUGAAGAAGCUAGAAAACAGCAUACAAUUAGACAUGCGGAUGUUCAGCACGUCUUUACUUCAAAGUUUACGGCUGGACGGAAUUGAAAGGGCUGGUACACUUGAAGAAUCGGACUCCGUGUUACCGUACAGAGCAACUGCAUUCCAGUUUCACAAGUAUAAAAUCCUUAUGGAGAUAUUUCUUCCAAGUCAGAACCUUUUACAAGUAAAUGAGACUCUCACAGUGGGUGAAGGAUGUUUUCUGCAUAGAAUGUUGAGUUCAACUGUUCAACAAUGGGAGAGAGGAGACGAGAAUCUUGUGUGUCCUGUUACAGCUGAACAGAGGCAGAGUAUGGUUACUCAAAGCUCGAUCAGGGUUCACAGCAGGUGUCCAAUCGAAGAUGGAGUCGUGCAAACCGAGUGGGGAACAAUUUCCCCCGGAACUCUUAUAGCGGCUAUAGCAUCAUCAUUACAAGCGCAAAUAGUUUUAAUUACUGACAUACUAAAUGCGAAAGUAUUCCAGGAGGAUGUGGCUGAGCCCCUACUGACGUCUGCUAAACAGGAGUGGAUUGAUAAUAUAGAGACAUUAGACGAGCCACAAGUGGCAAGACAAACGGAAACUGCCAGCAUUAGUAAUAUAUGGGUUGCUACAUUAGCUGGUGAUCUUGCGGAAGUAGUACUCAAUCAAGGACCCAGGACAGGCGCUGUUCCGCAAAGGAUGACUGUUGGGAGCAAUAGUAGAUGGAAUGAUACGUUACUUCCGAGAAAUCACUAUUUAAUUACACAAAACGCUUCUAUAGUUGACUGGCACUUUACAGAUGCUGAAAUUUUAGCAGGCAUUGACGGUCUAAUAUUAUCACAAUAUGUGCCGUCCUGGGUCGAACAGAGAAAAACAUUAAAACUAUCGCAAAUAAUCGAUAUGUACUAUUCAGAUGAAGGCGUAUCUUUUCAACCAACUGUAAAAGCGUGUAACAGACAAAUGUUGUUUAAUACAAUCUUCAAUAGUUCGGAUCUAUUGCAAGAGACCAUGAGAUUUGCUUCAAUCUUGUCGUUGCAACAGAUUACAGUGUAUAUUCCUGUGGAAGAAAUGGAGAGGUUAGCUAAUGCUGCGGUAACUGCGUUUGGAAAUUACCUUCCUUCGGUACUAAGACAGAAUCAGCGAAUGUGUCAAGCCAGUCACAGUGUGCCUGUGAUGGAUCUUAUUGUGGCCACGGAUGCUGCAUGGAAGGGAUACGAUGUUGAACAGUUUAUUUCAUGGGCUGGUGGCGCUCUGGAGUUAGACUUACGACGAAGUACCCUGUCACUACUCCAUGGCAAUACAGGCCAAUAUAUAGUGCCACCAUCUGACAACCUAACGGCAGUGUUUUCUCAUCUUAGCAAUUAUACUGACGAAUGGCCGACCAGGUUAAGCGUAUCUAACGUCAUAUCAGCGACAAUUCAGCAUUCCUUAAAUAAGACGUUGCUCGAAAAGAACACUACGGCCAGUGCAGGGCCAAGUACUGUUGUCCUUAUAAUCAGUCCUAGUGACAGACCUUCAGUCGCCGAUAUAGAAGCUGCUAGAGAACUUAUGAACUCGCUAAGGAUGUCCUACUUUGACGUAUACUUCGCGUACACUGCUCAAGAUCUAACUGAAUUUCAAAAUAUAAACAACGAGUAUUUGGAUUAUUCGGAAUUGUUUUUGGCCGUACCAUCAUCCAACGUACAAGAUGUGAUUAGCACUGUAGAUACUCUCUUGGUGAAGAGUGAGAUACCAUCGAGAAUUUUCGGAGCCCAUUGUCCGUUUAACGGCACUGUUUUCAAUCAGACUGAAUACGAAGACUUUGUGUUACCUAGCCGCACGAGAACCUAUCGCAUUCAUCCAUUCUAUUUGAUGCAACAACCGUUAGUGAAUGUACAGUUUCGUAACGCUGGACAAGGUCGACUGCUAAUAUGUAUGUGGCGAGGAGCAAAAGAUGCUCACAGUCAAAGUUGUCAAAACCUUGGAGACCGAGACCGCUUUAACUUUAACUUGACCAAUCCGUGUACGACACCGCAGUUUUGUUUACCAGCGUACUUCAGCGUCUCCGUUUUCGACUCUACUAACAUAUGUGCACAUAAUGACUGCCGUUUGCCUAAUCAAGUUGGAUACUAUUUGGAACACACGGGUUUAAGAUGUUUACCGCUCCGAAGUUACGCUACAUGUAGCAAAAACAGUGUUUUUAUAAUCUCAAGUUUUAUUUUAUUUUUAUUCUAUAAAACAUGUUAAUAAUAUUAAAAAUAUGUCAAAACUCAAAGGAAGGUAUUUCUCUUUUACCCCUGGUGGGACUCGAACCCA